AUGGCGGAGUGGGUGGUGAAGAAAACUGAGGCAAUUGGGUCACAGAGCGGCAUCAAUGAAAGCUUAUCGUUACUGCCCAUUGUGCCUAAGGCAAUGCAGCGCCGCUUUUUCGCCGAAGCCUACGAGACGGCUUAUGCUGAAACUACCCUUCCAUGGAACAAGCAAACCGUGAGCUUUCCAGGUAAUUUCUCCAACGCGCCCUCAGAUCAUCUUCGAAUGGCGACCUCCUCCGCGUCCGCCUUCGCCCUUGCGGUCCUCCUCCUCCCUCUUGUCAUCGCUUCCUCGUCGGUGGCAGAUCAAAACAAAGGCAAACCUUUCUUUUUCUCCUACGUCGGAUCGGAUAAAAAUCGAACCUUGGGCUCUGAGUUCGCCCUCUACGGCGACGCGGAGCUGAGCGACUCGGCGGUGAGGCUCACGCGUCCAGCGAAAGCCAGCACAGGACGCGUGGCCUACCGGGAGCCGGUUAGGUUCUUCGGGACCAGCCCCGGGUUCUCUUCUUCCUUCUCGUUCGCUCUUUCCCCCGGCCAUGGCGGAGGUCUGGCCUUCUUCCUCUCUCCGAGUGGUGUUCAGCUGGAACCGGUGAACGGCCAUUGGUCUAGGGUUUCCACCAGUCUCGUAGCUGUGAGGUUCGAGACGGCAAAAGCAGAUAAAAUCACUAACCUAACGGAAACCCUAAUUGAAAUUGACGUGGAAAGCAGCAAUCUUUCAGGCAACAAUUUGGUGCUCGAUCUCGACAACGGAAGGAAGUUCAAGUCUUGGAUAGAUUACGACGGCGAAUCGAAGAGAAUCGAAGUGAGACUGAGCCUCGAGAAGGAAUCAAAGCCGAUAAACUUUUCCAUUUCUUACUCGAUGGAUUUGUCGUACCUGUUGUGGCGGGAGGCGGCGUUGGUGGUUCUCAGCUCCUGGAGCAGCCAUUCUUCACAGGGCAGCAGCAUCUAUUCGUGGAAUUUCACACAGAAGCAUGGAGCUCCAUUUCUGAUGCAUUCCGAGCCCCUGGAUCCCAAUUCAUUCCUGGCGCGAUCCAACGAGAGCGCUCCGGUUCAUCCGAUAAGAUCGUAUCCUUGGGAAGCGUUGAUCGCAAUGGUGUUCGCUGCCGCUUGUGGCGCAAUGCUAGCGUUCUUUACUGUGUUCGUGUGGUCUGCGCUCCGAUCACGGAGGCCAGUAGCUCCGGUGGACUGCCCUGUGCCGACUGUGGGAAUUGCAUGUGAAAAGAUGGAAUCAGUUGGAGUGAAGAUCCUAGAGAAUGAUAAGUAG